AUGCUCCGCCAACUCUCGGCAGAAAGACGAGUUAAGGAUGCCCUCCAUGCACGCAACGGCCCGAGCACGACAGAAGUGCUAUCCCUCCCGCUGCAAAGUGAAGUUCGCGUUUGGAGAGAGAAAGACGGUUGGCAAGGACCCUUCAAGAUUGCAUCGAUUGAUACCCAUAACAUCACCAUUGACACAGUCAACGGCCCCCAAGUCUUUCGAUCGACCCUUGUACAACCGUAUCUGCGUGAUGAUACCACUCUUUCCGACCCUACACACGACACAGACCCCUCAGACCCUAACGGACCUGCCUGCCCGACCCGAACCCCGCCCCCGCAGAGAGGACGCCCACCAGGAUCAAAGAACAAGCCAAAGGAUUUGAUCAUGAUGGCCCAAGCCCUACGGUCUGAUGGCAUAAUCACCUCUCCUGGUGACCCCUUCGAAGAAUCCGAUAACAAAGAGAUUACUGACCUCGUUGGCCGCGGUGUAUUCCAAUUUGAACGAUACGAUCAAAUGAGUCAUGGAAACUAUAGAAUCUUUCGCUCUCGAAUGGUUCGUGAAGUCAAAGGAAUCAACACUAAGCCCUACGAAAAGUCUCGACUUGUUAUUCAAGGACAUAACGACUUUGAGAAGACCACCCUCCUGACGCAAUCUCCGACAAUUCAACGCGUUAGCCAGAGACUCAUCCUCGCUAUUGCCCCGGACUUCUUCAAAACUACGGCAUAA